AUGGCACCAGCGAAGCUUCCGUCAGAGUUGGAGGAAGAGAUACUCAUUAGGGUUCCACCGUUGUCUCUCGCUCGUUUUAGAACCGUUUGCAAACCAUGGGCCAUGCUUCUCAACGACAAUAGAUUCAUCAACAACCACUUGGCUUUGGCUCGUGCAUGUCCUCAAUUCAUUUUCGCAACCAAAUCCAAGAUUUAUUCGAUAAGCAUCAAUUUCGAUGACGACCCAAAGACAAAGGUGUGCAAGAUAAACUUAGAGAUUCCUGGUUUAGAAUCAUAUAUAGAUCCCAACUUCUAUCAUUGUGAUGGCUUGUUGCUUUCUACUUGGAGAAAUGGAGCCGUUGUUUGGAACCCUUGGUUGAGACAGAGUAAAUGGAUUGAGUCCAAAGUUAAAAUAUCCGGGUUAUGUGGAAUAGGAUACGAUAGUAGUAGAUCCGAAAAGAGUUACAAGAUCGUUGGCUAUAGUCAUUUUUGGCGAAACGAUCAUUCUGGAGUAUAUGGAAGAGUUGUCAUUUACGGAUUUGCAACUAAUACAUGGAAGUAUAUUGGACCCCGUUACAAAGUAGAUUUUAUAACAAAGCAACCGAUACUUUAUAAUGUAUCAUUGAACGGAAAUUUGUAUUGGACUGAUUAUAAUCUUGACACCGGUGAGUGUUUCAUCCGAAGCCUCGAUUGUUCGAAGGAGAUAUUCAAGUCUUUUUGUAUUCUACCGUGCAAGAAGAAAGAUUCUUCCCAUAGUCAUGCACUCGCGGGUUUCAAUGGAGAUCGGUUUUCUUUGUUAGAACAAUGCGAUAGCACAAGGAAGAUUGAGAUUUGGGUGACAAAGAAUAAAAUUAAUAUUGAAGAUGAUGGAGAGGCUGUGGUGUGGAUUAAGUUUAUGAAUGUCUCGAGACCUAACUUCCCCAUGUUAUAUAAUCGUCGUGAUAUUGGCUCUUGUUCAAGUUACUUGGUCGAUGAUAGUAUCUAUGGAAAGAGCUUCGUCGCGUGUUGUAGAGACGAAACUAGACAGCCUUGCAUCUAUGUGGUGAGAGGAGAUCUGUUCAAGAAGAUUAAAUUAUAUUAUGUGGUUGAUCCGUUUUGCCAUUCUGUGUAUAUUCCUAGUUUGAUACCUAUUCCUUGGAUGAGUUCAGAUCAAGAAAACAAUAAGAAUAUAGAAGUUUAA